AUGCAAAACAUCACUCCAGAUCAAUGGCGCGAGAUCAUGAACAAGAAACUGCCGUUCCCGCCGGAGCUGAUCGGCGCCAUCCGGGAAGGCAAAAUGGAGCUUGUGUGUAGCCUCCUCAAGACGGGUGACGGCAUCAUCCGCCAGCUGGACGACUCGGAAGACCGCCUGUGGAGGGAAGCCCUCAACCUGUCCAUCCGCCUGGGAAGCGACGGCGUGAUGGACGCCCUCCUCCAAGCUGUCAAAUUUGACUUCCGUCAGAUCCACGAGGCCCUGCUGGUUGCCGUGGACACCAACCAGCCGCAGGUGGUCAAGCUCUUGCUGGACCGCCUGGAUCAGGAGAAAGGAAACAAGAUGGACGUGCGCUCCUUCUCCCAAGCCAUCUUUGACCACUCCAUCGACAACUCGCAGUUCGCCCCCGGCGUGACCCCGCUGACCUUGGCCUGCCAGAAAGAUCUCUACGACAUCGUCGCCGUGCUCACCCGGAAGGGUCACGUCAUUCCGUGGCCGCACGAGAUCUCCUGCGCAUGUCUGGAAUGCCGCAACGGGCGUCAGUACGACCUUCUCAAGUUCUCCUUGUCCCGCAUCAAUACCUACCGCGGCAUCGCCAGUCGGGCCUACCUGUCCGUCACGUCGGACGACGCCAUGCUCAGCGCCUUCGGUCUCAGCAGCGAGCUGCGCAAACUUUCUCGGAAAGAGCCAGAGUUCAAGCCUCAGUAUCUCAGCUUGGAGGAGCUUUGUCAAGAGUUUGCCGUGGAGUUGCUCGGGAUGUGUCGCAACCAGAGCGAGGUGACCACCAUCCUCAACAGCUGCGGGGAUGAGAGCCAGGACGCCUUGGACGAGCAGGCCUUCGAGGAGGGCAUACCCAACUUGUCCAGACUGCGCCUGGCUGUCAACUACAACCAGAAGCAGUUCGUCGCCCAUCCUAUCUGCCAGCAGGUGCUGUCUUCCAUCUGGUGCGGCAAACUGGCGGGCUGGCGAGGCAGCAGGACGGCUUGGAAGCUUUUUGUCUCCAUUGGGAUUUUUUUCACCAUGCCUUUCCUCUGCCUCGCCUACUGGAUCGCACCAAAGUCAAAGGUGGGGAAGCUUUUAAGGAUUCCCGUGAUAAAGUUCCUUCUUCACUCCGCCUCCUACCUGUGGUUCCUCAUCAUAUUGUUGGGCGAAUCCAUCACCAUGGAGUUGUAUCGGGAUAAAUUUGCGUCCAGGCAGCAGAACAUCCUGCACAGCUCUUUCCAUAUGGUGUGGGUCGUAGGGUUCUUCUGGUACGAGUGCAAGGAAGUGUGGAUCGAGGGUCUGAGGAGUUACUUCCUGGACUGGUGGAACUGCUUGGACAUGAUGGUGCUCAGCAUGUAUUUGGCCUCCUUCUCUUUGCGUGUCCUCAUCAUGCUCAAGGGUCAUUUCCUAUGUCUUGACACUAAUGGCACAGAGGAGUGUGUGUACUUCACUCAAACUGUACGUGACGACUGGCAUCAGGAGGACCCUCAGCUCAUUGCGGAGGUUCUCUUCGCGGUGACGAGCAUGAUGAGCUUCACCAGACUCGCCUACAUCCUCCCGGCUCACGAGUCUCUAGGAACGCUGCAGAUUUCCAUUGGGAAGAUGAUAGACGACAUGAUGAGAUUUAUGUUCAUAUUGAUGAUCAUCGGAACGGCUUUCCUCUGCGGGAUCAAUAAUGUCUACGUCCCAUAUGUCAUCUCUUCACAUCUGGGCAGGUUAAACGAGACCUUCCACUUCCUUUUCUGGACCAUGUUCGGAGUGGCCAACCAGGAUUACGUGGACAUGCCACAGUUCGUACUGGCCGAGUUUGUCGGGCGUAUCCUCUACGGCAUCUUCACGCUGGUCAUCGUCAUCGUUUUACUCAAUAUGCUUAUUGCUAUGAUUACCAACUCUUUUCAGAAAAUUGAGGAUGACGCCGAUGUGGAGUGGAAGUUUGCCAGGUCAAAACUGUAUCUGAGUUACUUCCGAGAAGGUCUAACUAUGCCGGUUCCCUUCAAUGUCAUCCCCUCGCCCAAAGCUUUGUUCUACAUCUUAAGGGGCAUUUUUCGACGUAUCUGCUGCUGCCUUAACUGGAAUUCCGUCAAAUAUCCACCAAUACCUCCACUGGGCUCAGAGGACAAGCAGGUGCCGUAUCGUCAGCAGGUGAGCCGAGCUCUGGUGCAGCGAUAUAUCGAAUCGGCUCGCAGGGAGUUUGAAGAAACCAGGAGAAAAGAUGUCGGUAAUCGCAUCACUGAGCUGAGCAAAGCCAUCAUGAGGAUGCACAGCGACCUUAAGGCAGUUCAUCAGCAUUUAACGAACGAGCACCCUACGAGCCAACCGUCAUCCGAGGACGGCUCUUCUUUCCUGGGCAAAUACAUCUUCGGCGCCAGAAACAAUUUCCGUGGCUUCAACAGCCAAAUGGAUGAGAAAAAGACGUCACGCAAUGUGACGGUGCACCACCAAGAGGAAGAGGAUCAAAUAAAAGUCCAAGCUGAUGAGGAGAAGUCUGACGUGCCACUUGAGGCCGAAUGCCAAGAAGCGGGGUCGAGGCCAGUGUCUCACAACGACGUGGUGAAAAUGGAGGAAGGCCGAAAUCGGCUCGAAAGCAACGGCGGUGACAACACUGACAAUGAAUCCAAAGAGAUUGAUUCAGAGGAAAGUUUGAAUUCAGAUGGAGGGAAAACACUCGAAGAUAGAACGCCUUUCCAAAAAGUCAACAAUAAGGAAGCUGAAAAUAUGGCCAACACCAUUCAAAAUAAAGAGCUACUCGAAAAGAAAGUGGCCGGCGAAUGGAUGAAAACGCAACAGUUUGAGGCAAAUGUUCACGAGCGAUGCGAUGAAAGUGAUAAUCUCGAGAGCCAGACGAUGAAAGCUUCACCAUCUGGAAGCAGCAACUCCAGCGAUACGGGAUUUGCUUCCGAUGCGUCCGUUGAUGAAUCCGGAGUGGUGCGCUAG